AUGACCCACAUGAUUGACGAUAAAUAUAACAUUCUUUCGACACAACUGAAACUAAAAAUACAAGAAGUAGAAGCACUAUCUUUAACUGCAGAUGUUUGGACUGACUCGCAUAAUAGUCAAAGCUACUUAGGCUUAACUGGUCAUUGUAUUUAUGAAAGUAAAUUAUUGAGCAUAGUUUUUGGUGUAACUGCUCUAACAGAACCACACAAUGCUGACUACUUAGCACAAGUAAUUAUCAAUAUGACGGAAAAAUGGGGCAUCACAAGUAACAAUGUGGUAGCGUUUAUCACGGACAAUGGCGCUAAUAUCGUUAAAGCUGUCACAAAUGUUUAUGGCAAAAAUAAACACAUGCCAUGUUUUGCCCAUACAUUAAACCUAGUAGCAUCAAAACCAUUUGACAAUAAGGAUGGACUGGAAGAAGCCAAGAAUUUACUAACAGCUGUCAAAGAUAUUACCACAUAUUUUAAACAUAAUACAUAUGCUGCUGAUUCUUUAAAGAAAGCUCAGGGUCAUCAAACAAAGCCUUUGGGGCUUGUUCAGUCUGUGUGUACCAGAUGGAAUUCUGUUUUUUAUCAAUUGGAACGAUUUGUUGAGUUAUCCGAAAUAAUUGCGCCAAUAUUACUCAAGUAUCCUAAAGCGCCAACAAUGCUAACUGCACAGCAGUUAGAAUUUAUAAAAGAUCUUAUAAAUAUAUUGAGACCAUUAGAAGUAAUAACUAAAGAAAUAUCGGGAGAAGACUACGUUACAGCCAGUAAAAUUAUACCCAUCGUGUCUUGUCUGACUGAAACAUAUAAUAAAAUGAAAAAUUCAACGGAUAUUGGUGUUAAAACAAGGACUUUAAUUGUGGACGGCUUGAAGAAAAGAUUUGGAAAUGUUGAACAAGUUCAUUUGUUAGCUGCUGCGACCAUUUUAGAUCCUAGAUUUAAAAAAAAUCAUUUUACUGACCAUGUAGCCUGUUCUCGAGCGAUAAAUAAAAUAAACACUUCAAUUUUGGAUAUUACACGACAAUCACUUCCACAAAAUAAUAGUGAGGAAGUCGACGCCAUAGAAAGCACUGAUAAGGAUAUGAAAAACGGAAUAUGGGAUUUUCAUAAGUUGCUUGUGAAAAAGCAACUCUCUUUAUGCAAUGCACUUGCACAGGAAAAUCAAGGUUUAAAUGAAGAAUUCAAACAUUAUUUAUCGCAGGCAGUUGUGCACCUGAAGUAUGAUCCUGUACUUUACUGGCAAGAGCUCCAUUUAUCAUCACGUUCACCCAAUCGCCAUGAUGUAUAUGAGUAUCGUUGA